AUGGCCUACAAGGUCAUUCCAGUGAUGUAUCGCUGGGAGCUCAUCCCUGGUGUUGCCUCAGAGGAGUGGUGGGCCCGAGCAAAGACGAUUCGUUAUGACCACUACACGGAGGGCAUCGUGUACUCUCCUUAUGACACCGGUGAGCCCAUUCGAGAGAUGCCCGAGGAGUGCAAAGGCAAGAUGCUCUUGAAACAAAGGCGCGGAGGUUGGAAGCUUCAGAGCGAGAUGGAGGAAUAG